AUGUUCCGUCAAAUUAAUGUUCAUCCAGAUCAUUGGGACUAUCAACGGAUCCUCUGGGUAGAUGAUGACAACCAACCUCAAUCAUAUCAUCUCACCACCGUUACAUACGGCACGCGUCCAGCACCAUACCUUGCUGGCCGUGUUCUCAAACAGCUGAUCAUCGAUGAAGGAGAUAAGUAUCCACUAGCUGUCGAACCUUUUGAAAAAGGCAGUUACGUGGAUGAUAUCUGCGGGGGCGCUGAUAAUGUCAAUCAUCUCAACAACAUCGCAUCUCAAGUGGAAGCAAUAUGUCUUGCUGGUUGUUUUCCACUAGCCAAGUGGAAAAGCAACCAUCCUCAGUUCAGCAAAUUGUCAUCAUCUAACAUCUCAAAUUCACACGAGUUCAAUGAAUCUACAUCCAAAAUUCUUGGACUUUCGUGGAAGUGUCAACCAGAUCAUCUCACAUUCACUGGUCAUACAUCUCAAAAGGCUGCCAUCACCAAAAGAUCAAUUUUAUCUGAAACAGCCCAGUUAUUUGAUCCACUGGGACUCAUCUCACCGGUAGUCAUCAAAGCCAAGAUCUUGAUGCAAGAUCUAUGGCUAGAAAAAAUUGGAUGGGACGAUUCACUCUCACCUCAGAUAAUUCACCGUUGGAAGAAAUUCCGAGAUGAAUUACCUGAAUUAUCACAACUUAAAAUUCCUCGCUGGUUAAACAUCUCAUCAGACACCUCGAACAUCGAGAUACAUGGAUUUUCUGAUGCGUCACAGCAUACCAUGGCGGCUGCUGUCUAUAUCAAGACUCAUCAUCAUCUCACACCAGCUAAAAUCACUCUUGUCUGUGCAAAGACUCGAGUUGCACCACUGAAACGUCUCACCAUUCCUCGUCUCGAACUAUCAGCAGCUCUGCUUCUCACUGAACUCAUCUCUCACGUGCAAACAACUCUCAAUCUACAAGAUGUUCCAGUUUAUCUCUGGACAGACUCAGCGGUGGCUCUUGCCUGGAUCAAACAAGAACCAAGUAAAUGGAAAGAGUUUGUAAAAAACAGAGUUCAAUCCAUUCAACAAAAUCUACCAGCAGCCAACUGGAAGUUCAUCUCAGGAAAACAGAAUCCUGCAGACUGUGCUUUCAGGGGUUUGACUCCAUCUCAACUACAAUCUCAUAUACUCUGGUGGUCAGGUCCAAUCUGGUUACUAGAGCCAUCUCACCAAUGGCCAGAAUUCACAUCUCAAGAAGAUCCUGAAGUGAACACUGAACGCAAAUCAGCCCAAUCUCAUCUCGCAGUCACCAGUCCAAGUUUACCACUUGGUGACUUGCUUGAAUCAUCAUCAAAUCUCACCAAGUUGCUCAGAAUCACUGCAAUUGUGAAGCGAGCAGUUGCAGUCUUCAAGAAAAUUCCUGCAUCAUCUCUUCACAUCUCACCACUCACACCAGCUGAUUUACAUUCAGCUUUGUAUUUCUGGAUCAAAACAACUCAACAAAAAUAUUUCAAGAACGAGAUUUCGCAAUUAUCUCAAAACAAACCGUUUUUGAAAUCUCAUCCGUUCUCACGUCUCACAGCUUACAUCGAUUCUACGGACAUUGUACGAGUUGGUGGACGACUGCAAAAUUCUCAUCUCGACACGGACAGCAAGCAUCCACCCAUACUACCAAAGAAUUGUCAUCUCUCUUAUCUCAUCAUCUCUGAUGCGCAUGCUCGCACAAUGCAUGGAGGGGCAGAUGUCAUUCUCAAACAACUUCUCACCGGUGCACUCAACGAAUCAUCUCAUCUCCAGCAAGUUCUCACCUCAGACGGAACUCAGUGGAUUUUUAAUCCACCUGGUGCUCCACACAUGGGUGGCAAGUGGGAAGCCGCUGUAAAAUCUGUCAAACAUCAUCUCCAACGCACCAUUGCUGACCUACUGCUCACCUAUGAAGAUUUUUCAACAUUCCUCACUCAAGUUGAGGCCCUAUUAAACUCAAGGCCACUCAGUGCACUUACUGAUGACCCUGAGGACAUCUCAGCUCUCACCCCUGGUCAUUUUAUCCGAGGUGCGCCACUCAACACUGGACCUGAACCAUGUCUCACCAGUGUACCAACAUCUCGUCUCUCACUUUAUCAAAGAAUUCAAGAAAGACUUCAGUAUUUCUGGGAACGCUGGUCUGCUGAAUGUCUGCAAUCUCACCAAUCCAUCUCAAAGUGGCAUACAUCUCACCAUAAUAUCAAGAUUGGUUCGUUGGUUCUCAUAGUGGACGAGAGGUAUCCACCAUCCAAGUGGCCUCUUGCCAGAGUUACUCAUCUCCAUCCUGGUAGUGGUGGUCUUACUAGAGUCGUCACUGUCAAGACUGCCACCUCAACAUUUACCAGACCAGUUACCAAGCUGGUUCUGUUACCCAUUUCAACCGCCAAGGAAGAUUCUCAUCUCUAA